AUGCCCUUCGGACUCAUCAACGCUGAUGCCACGUUCCAACGGGUGACGACCAAACUCCUCGAAGAUCGUCUAGGGAGUGGAUGUCUCGUUUACAUUGACGAUAUCGUAAUUUGCGGUAGCUCGUGGCCGUCACUCACGUGCAACUUCGAAUGGGUACUCCAGAGACUGCGCGACCGCGAAGUAUUCCUCAAACAUCCGGUCUUGCCGUCGCGGAUGGUGACGCUCAUUAUACCCACCCUUCCAAAGAAUUAUCCUCCAGACCGGUGGAAAGCCUUCAUACGCGACAGAUGGUCGUUCUGUGAGACGAGGCCCAACGACAUCGAGGUGGCUCAUCGUGCCUUAGUACUCGGAGGUAACCUACCGACCCUGGAAACCCAUUCCGAAGCUGCCGCCGAAGAAUGGCUCUACGAGGCCUCACUCCGCCUUCAGCCACAGCGACCUUCGACAGAAACCUUGUCCCAGGUGCUGGCAAUGAGCUGCAAGCUCCAACCCUUCCGCAACGCCUCCCAGACGUUCCGCGUAGACGCGUCAGAUUUCGAACAGGUCAUGGACAAGACCGUGCGAGCCAUCUUUCCGGCGAGCUUGUACAUAGAAGAGGUGAUCACCGACAUCCUAGCGCGGAGUCACUUCUCGUCUACCACGACAUAG